AUGGGCCCACCAAUAGCCUUAGCCAUGACCCGCGUGCAGCUGCCUCGUCGCGCCUGCCAGCGCUUUAGCGAGCCCACUGGCAAGAUCGCCAACGGAUCCGCCAUCGAGCGCGCCAGCGACCCACGAGCGAAUCAGCCAGCGGACCCCCAGACGGCCUCGCCAACAACUCCAGCCGCGCUUGCGACUGCUACCGUGCUAGCUCGAGGUGGUGGGGGUGGCGGCCAGUGGGGAGGCAGCGGGUGUGGAGGCGGAGGUGGUGGGCUGUUGGGGGGAGGUUCAGGGGGUGUGGGUGGUGAGAGUUCAACUGCAGCAUCAUCCGCCUCCUCCUCCCAUCCCCUGCCGCCCGUGCCUUGCUGUCCACCCAGUACCUCCCGUAUUGCCCGUACUUCCCCGUGCUUGCCCCGUGCCCAUGCCCGUGCUGUCCGCUCGUGUUCCACGUGCCCGUGCUGUCCGUACUCGGUUGUGCCCCACCCGUUUCACCCGUGCUGUCCGUACCCGGUUGUGCCCCACCCGUUUCACCCGUGCGUCCCGUGCUUCCCGUGCUGCCCCCGUGCUCCCGUGCCGCUCCCGUGCUGUCCCCGUGUUCCCGUGCUGCCCCCGUGUUCCCAUGCUGCCCCCGUGCUGCCCCGUUCUGCCUGUGUCGUGCCCGUUUCCGUGCCGUGUUGCCCCGUUCAGCCCUUGUCCUGCCCCGUUCUGCCUGUGCUGCCCCGUUGUCCCCGUGUUGCCCCGUUCUGCCCGUGUUGCCCCGUUCAGCCCGUGGCCUGCCCCGCUCUGCCCGUGUUGCCCCGUUCUGCCCGUGUUGCCCCGUUCAGCCCAUGUCUUGCCCCGUUCAGCCCGUGUCCUGCCCCGUUCUGCCCGUGUUGCCCCGUUCAGCCCGUGUUGCCCCGUUCUGCCCGUGUUGCCUCGUUAUGUUGCACGAGGCUUCAGUCAGCGAGAGGGAGUUGA